AUGGAAGUAAUUUUUACCAUCAAUCGCGAGUCUGAUCUACUAGAUAUGUACCUGAUCAUCGAUGCCGUUGACGAGUGUGACAACAACCUGUCUCAAUUGCUCGAUUUGAUAACCCAGUCAUUGCAUCUCGGUCGCAAAAUCAAGUGGAUAAUCUCCAGUCGCAAUCAAGAUGACAUUGAGCGUCAUUUGGGGUCUUUGGAGAUGCUGAGGACCCUGCAGCUCGAGCGCAAUUCCGAUAAAAUUGCGAACGCCAUCGAUACGUUCAUAGACACCAGGGUCUCAGAGCUAGCUCCUCUGCGGAAUCAGGCGGAGAUAGAAGACAAAUUGAAAAAGGAGAUGCGACUGAAAUCGGAUGGCGCAUUUCUAUGGGCUGCUUUGGUGAUAGCUGAACUCCGAAAGAACGCCUUCGCAACGGAUAUGCUUGAAUCCCUCGAAGAAGCACCGAUAGGUCUCAUUGCAUUGUUUGAUCAGAUGAUGGACAAAAUCCAUGGACUUCAUCUUCAGAAUGCUCGUCGGUGUGUCCAGGUCUUGUUAAUGGCUAUUUCCGUCUACCGGCCCGUCCAUCUGUUUGAAAUGCGAAUCAUAUCAGGGCUACCGCAGGAGAUCGUGGACCCCUCGGAGCUUUACAGGAUGAUUAGUAUGUGUGGUUCCUUCUUGACUGUUCGAGAGAGCUACGUAUACUUCAUCCAUCAGUCGGCUAAGGAUUAUCUCACAAGGAAUUUAUCAAAAGUUCCCCUUGACAUAGCGAACGAGCAAAUCCAUUACCUGACAUAUUCCCGCUCAUUGCAAGCUAUGUCAGACACUCUACAACAGGAUAUCUGCAAGCUUAGCAACCCUGGGCCAAUCGCAACCGAGAGUCGAUCCAAAACAUUAGCAUUGCUAUCCAUCGAAUAUGCGUGUGUCUAUUCUUUUGACCAUUUGAGUCAACACACCACAAACGGAGAUAAUCGCUUGCUUGAUGAUGGCGGAGAGCUGCACACUUACUUAUGGAUACCACCAGUGAUCAAGAUGUCAUCCGCCGUAUGGUACGCACUUGCAUCCGACAAAAGAUACACAAUCUGCACCUUGAGGUCCGUUCGGUCACCCAUACGGCGCAUGGGAGGCUCGUUGUUCCACCACAGCGCCCUUGCUAGAGCAGUAGUCGCCGGUCGCUUGGCCCAUGCUAGCCACGUAUGCUGCAAUGGAGGCGAUGAACAUAAUCGAACCCUUGCAUCCGGUGUGUGGCGAAGGGUCUUGUUCUUCCAUUUGAGCUACGGCGAGCUGCGCAGCGUAAUAUGUGCCGAGGAUAUUCACGUUGAACGAACGGGCGACAGACUCUGGAGAUCGCUCGAGGAAAGACUGAUCUACGCAUAUUCCAGCCGCAGUGACCCUGCAAAGAGUUAG